AUGUAUAACCCGAAAUCCGACGGGAUGAUUGAACGUUUUAACAGGACUUUGUUGAGUAUGGUCUCCCUUAUGAUUGAUCCUCACAAACGGCAACGUGAUUGGGACCAGAAGGUGAUGCUAGCUACAUUCGCCUACCGUUCAACGCCUCAUGAGUCAACCGGUGAGACACCUAACAUGCUCAUGUUAGGCAGAGAAUUGUACCUGCCGCUCGAUUUGACUACUCGAGUUACUGCAAAGGAUGGUGAAGUUAGCGAAGAAACAGACUAUGCUCUUCAAUUGAGAGAAGAUAUGCAGUUAGCCCACGAGCGGGCAAGGGAAGUACUCAAAUGUAGUGCAAGGAGACAGAAGAAGUGCUACGAUCAGAAAACGAUAGGAGCCAAACUGAAGACAGGAGAAUUCGUGUGGCUACACAACCCAAGCAAGACAAAGGGCCUAUCGCCAAAGUUACAACGACGAUGGGAAGGGCCCUACCUGAUACUGCAAAAGCUAUCAGAUGUCACGUAA